AUGAAUUCAAACAAAAGAGAAAAUGAUUUAAAUGAAAAUAAUAAUAAUUCUAAUAAUAAUAAUAAUAAUAAUAAUUAUAAUAAUAACAAUAAUAAUAAUCAUUCAGAAUCUCAAUCAUUUCCAAAAGUAAUAAAAAAAACUACAUUAUUAUUUAAUGAUAUUAAUUCAAAAAGGUUUCAAAACAUAAUUGAUUUUGCUUCAAUAAAUAUAAAGGAGAUUAAAAACGGUGAAUUAUCAAUUAGAAAAAGUGAUUUUAAUAAAGAGAAGGAAAUUCCAGCAUAUCAAUGGGAUAAUGAACAAGAGGAAGAUGACCAAAUUAAAUCAAUUAUCAAUUGGUUUAAUAUAAAUAUUCCAUUACCAAAUAAUGAGAAUAAUAAUAAUAAUAAUAAUAAUAAUAAUAAUAAUAAUAAUAAUAAUAAUAAUAAUAAUAAUAAUAAUAAUAAUAAUAAUAAUAAUAAUAAUUAUUGUAAAACAAAUUUUGAAUUAAUUUAUAGAGAUGUUCAUCAUCAUUCAAAUUUAUUAUAUACAUCAAGGUAUAUUGAAUUCUUACCUUAUUCAUUGAAUGGUACUGUAUCAAUAAUAGUAUGUCCACCAAAUUUAAGAUUAUUCGAUAAACAAAUUCAUAUGUUAAUUGAAGUUAAAAAACAUUCAUCAUUUCAUCAUCUUCGAAAUCAAAAUGGUUCAAAUUUAAAAAACUUUAUACAAACUUCAAUUUGUCAAUUAUUAGCAUCAUCAACACGUGUUAGAGAUAAUAAUCCAAUUGUAUUUUUAUUAACUGAUUUGCAAGAUGUUUGGUAUUUCUUUUGGUUUAGUAAUGUUAGAAAUGUUUAUUCAAAUUUUAAUAAUAAUAAUUUUAGUGGUGGUGGUAGUGGUAGUAGUAAUAAUAAUAAUAAUAAUAGUGGUAUUAAUAGUAAUGAAAAUUCAAAUGAAUUCAAAAUUCCAACAAUAUUUAAAAAUUUUAAUAAUGGUAAUAUUGAAAUAUCAUUCACAAAUACUACCAAUAGAAAUGAAGCAAAAUUCAUAAUAAACUAUAUCCUAUAUAGAGUUUUCAAUAUUAGAGAUCCAAUUUAUAAAUGGAGUUGUUAUAAAUUUAGUAAUAAUUUAAAAAAAAAAAUAAAUCCAUUAGUAUUAGAUCCAAAUUAUAAAAAAUCUAGAACUUCAUCAUCAUCUUCAUCAUCAUCUUCAUCAUCCUCAUCCUCUUCAGUUUGGAAUUUUAUUAAAAAAUAUUUAAUACCUUGUAUUUAA